CUUUGUUAUCCUUUUUCUCGCUAAUGGAGCUGUAACUGUAAGAAGAAGGAAGACGAUGAUGAGCUCAAGUUCAAGCAAGGCGAUGGUGACAAUGGCGAUCAGAGACCUGCAUUUGCUUACCUCAACCACAUGUAUAACACACCGCCGACUUCUCACUUGCGCCGCCACCUCCGCGGUCUCCGCCUUCUCUUCUGGUCGUCUGGUUCCUCAGCCGCCUGACCUUAUCAAAUGGGUCAAAAGAGAGGGAGGAUUCGUUCAUCCUUCCAUCAAAAUUGCUCAAACAGACCCUCACGGUUUCGGAUUGGUGGCCUCAGAAGAAAUCCCCAAAGGGUCUGACCUAAUUUCUCUCCCUCCUCAUGUACCCUUGAGAUUUGAUUCUGACCGUGGCGAUAAUGCUGCUUCUUACUCUGUUCUGGUUAACUUAUCACGCCAAGUCCCUGAGGAGUUAUGGGCAAUGAGACUGGGACUGAAACUACUUCAAGAAAGAGCUAAAAAGGGUUCAUUUUGGUGGCCAUAUAUCAGCAAUCUUCCUGAUACCUACACUGUCCCCAUUUUCUUUUCUGGUGAAGACAUAAAGAAUUUGCAGUAUGCUCCCCUUCUUCAUCAGGUAAAUAAAAGAUGCAGAUUUCUUCUUGAAUUUGAUAAAUCUGUUAGACAAAUGCUUGAAGAUGUUGAAUUAGAUGAACAUCCUUUUGGUGGACAAGAUGUAGAUGCUUCUUCUUUAGGUUGGGCAAUGUCUGCAGUUUCGUCAAGGGCGUUUCGCUUGUAUGGUGAGAAACUCAGUGAUGGGAAUCGUGUCAAUCUCCCGAUGAUGCUUCCACUUGUUGAUAUGUGUAACCACAGUUUCAAUCCAAAUGCCAAUAUUGUUCAGGAACUAUCCGGAGGAGAUAAAGGGAUGUUAGUUAAGGUUGUAGCAGAGAUGAAGAUUCAACGAGAUGAACCGUUGUUACUCAACUAUGGUUGUUUGAACAACGAUCUUUUCCUUUUAGAUUACGGUUUCGUCAUAACAUCGAAUCCCUACGACUGUAUCGAACUCAAGUACAACGGAGGUCUUCUCGAUGCUGCAAGUAUGGCUGCCGGUGUUUCUUCACCAAAUUUCUCUUCGCCAACACCAUAUCAACAUCAUAUUUUGUCUCAGCUCAAUUUAACAGGAGAAACAUCACUUCUCAAGGUAACAAUUGGUGGUCGAGAUAUGGUAGAAGGUCGUCUAUUGGCUGCUCUAAGGGUAUUCCUAGCUAAUGAUGAGGAAACUGCUAAGAAGAUUGAAUUAGAUACAUUAAUGUCGUUAUCAGUUGAAGCUCCUUUAGGAAAAGAAACCGAGAUAGCUGUUUUGAGAACCAUGAUUGCUUUGUGUGUGAUUGCGCUUGGGCAUUUUCCGACCAAGUUAACGGAGGAUGAAUCGUUGUUGAAGAAGAAUGGGGUGUCUAGUUCAACAGAGUUGGCUCUUCGGUUCAGAAUUGAAAAGAAGUCUGUGAUAAUAAACGUGAUGAGAGAUCUCACGAGAAAGGUGAAGUCACUCUUACCCGAUAAUUCUUCUGCCAAUUCAUAAGUCAGAAAGAUUUCUGCAACAAAAAAUAAAAGUUUGAACCCAUUUGUUGGGUAAAUGGGAAGUAAACAUUAUUGGUUCUACAAUUAUUGCAUGCUUAUGAAGCUUAGGAUUGAUUUUAAUAGAAGUAUUGUCUUUUUGAAGGAAAAUUACAUAAUUUUGUAGUUUUUAGUCUUUCUGAAGGUGGUAUUGGUAUAACUAUUGUCUUUUAUUUAUCAUUGCCUUAAAAUAAUUGAUGUGUUUAACA